UGGGGAACCGGAAGAGAAGCGGAGUGACGCCCGGAGCCGAAGUGUUUAAAAGUUUGUUCCGAUGGCGCUGGGAGACUGUUGGAAGCAGCUGUCCUGGUUCUACUACCAGUACCUGCUGGUGACGGCGCUCUACAUGCUGGAGCCGUGGGAGAGGACCGUCUUCAACUCCCUGCUGAUCUCGGUGGCGGGCAUGGCGGUCUACACCGGCUACGUCUUCAUGCCGCAGCACAUCAUGGCCAUCCUGCACUACUUCGAGGUCGUCCAGUGACGCCCGGCGCUCCGCCCGCCCCUCCACCCCCCCCUCCGUCCACCUCGCCCCCCCCCCACAGAACUUUCUCCUCCUCCUCCAUCUGGUCCGAACUCCUCGGGACCGCGACGGAACUGAACGGCGUGGGACUGAAGACGUUAACGACUGUAGGUGGGCGAGUGUUUUUAAACCAACGGGACCGUUUCUGUCGUCUGAAGUGGGGUAAAAAAAACAGAGACGACUUCUGCAGGCGUUACCACGGCGACAACAAGAUGCCAGAGGCUAAAUCAUGAAUCCAAGUAACUGGUUGUAAUAAAUCAUCUGCACCUUAAUCAGGUCUUUUUUUGGUUGACUAAAUAUAUUUUUCUUUCAGACUCGACUCACUAAAGUCUUUCUUUUGAUACACUGUGAAGUCUAACACUAAGAUGUCCGACACUCUGAACUGUCCUCGAACGCCACCUGCUGCUGCUAAACCAGCCGCUGAUGCUAGAUGAAGCUGAAGACUCAGCAGGGGGGUUUAUACUGAGGAUGAAACAGUUUAGUCUUAAAGGAUGGAGAGAUUCUCUGAUUGAAAUAAGUCGGACCGCUCCGAUGAUUCCUGACGUCCUCUAUAGGAGGACCUGAACCUCAGAUUGAAAACCUUUAAUCUCAAUGUGCGGAAUUUGUUUAAAUUUCUGUUGUUUUUUCUGGAUAUCGUGUUGUUUCCUCGACGUGUGACUCGUCCUUUAACUUUCCCCCGUCGUGCUGCGGUUUGGCCUCUGCACGGUUUCCUGGGAUCCCGUGUUCGAUUCCCGAUGCAGAAAAGCUGUAUUUUUCUCUAUGGUGUAUAUAAUCUUGUAUACAUAUUUGUAAAGUUUUUUUGUAGUCAGAGUUGAAUAUUCCUGUUGAUUGUGAGCUACUGAAGCUGAAUCCUGUCCUCCUAUAACUGGGAUCAUUAAAGGGAUAUUUCACGAA